UUUGCACAAGUUAGGCCAAAUUGCCUAUUAGUCACCGAUUGUAUCCCUGUAAGCCUGUUGGUUUUGUUGAGAAAAGUGAUUUUUUUUGUUUUUUUAAAUUACGAGAGAGGAACGGUGACUUCGAUUUGUGUGCGAAUUUCGCGACUGUACUGUAGUUGCUACUUGCUAAGCUCCUACCGUACCUCAAGCGACGCCAUCCCCACCCAUAUCUACAAAUGGCGUCACCAUCAGAUCACAAGGCCACCAUAAUCGACGGCAAGGCCAUCGCUCAGACCAUUCGAUCCGAAAUCGCCGAGGAAGUUCGUCAACUCUCUGAGAAAUACGGCAAGGUUCCAGGAUUGGCUGUUGUCAUUGUAGGCAACCGAAAGGAUUCUCAAAGCUAUGUAAGUAUGAAAAGAAAGGCUUGUGCUGAAGUUGGGAUAAAGUCAUUUGAUAUAGACCUCCCAGAACAAAUAUCUGAAGCUGAGCUGAUCAGCAAGGUCCACGAGUUAAAUGCAAAUUCUGAUAUACAUGGAAUAUUGGUUCAGCUGCCUUUGCCAAAGCAUAUUAAUGAAGAGAAAGUCUUGAGUGAAAUCCAUCUCGAAAAGGAUGUGGAUGGCUUUCAUCCUCUUAACAUUGGCAAACUUGCAAUGAAAGGCAGAGAACCUCUUUUUGUUCCCUGUACCCCCAAGGGUUGUUUGGAACUUCUAUCACGAAGUGGUAUAAGCAUAAAGGGAAAAAAUGCUGUUGUUGUUGGCCGUAGCAACAUAGUUGGAUUACCAGUGUCACUGCUGCUUCUGAAAGCAGAUGCCACUGUUACCAUUGUUCAUUCCCGUUCCGAUGAUCAAGAAAGGAUCAUUCGUGGAGCUGACAUCAUUAUUGCAGCAGCUGGGCAAGCAAUGAUGAUCAAAGGCAGCUGGAUUAAACCUGGAGCUGCAGUUGUUGAUGUUGGGACAAAUGCUAUUGAUGACCCAAGCAGGAAAUCAGGUUAUAGGUUAGUGGGAGAUGUGGAUUACGAGGAAGCAUGUAAUGUAGCUGGAUGGAUUACCCCUGUUCCAGGUGGUGUGGGUCCAAUGACUGUUGCAAUGCUACUCAAGAACACCUUGGAUGGUGCAAAGCGCGUAUUCAUGCAGUAAUUGUCCAUGUUUAUUCUCUUUCAAAUACAUUUUUGCCAAUUUUGUUAAUAAGGAAGCUCUAUCCGCUGUUUUCAAUUCAUAAUUAAGCUCUUGAUUUUACAGGAAACGCUUCAUAUACAAGCAUGUUAAAAAUCCUUGCUCUUAGUGUUUUCGCUUUUAUUUUUAUUUUAAUAAUUUCGCAUUUUGCUUA